UGAUGUAGUUAGUAAACAUGCCGCCUACCCGGCAAUGUCUUGGGUUCUCUUACAGAAGAGCUUGCUGUAAUAGCUGAGUAGGAAUUUGAAAGUUGAACCUUCGCACUACAUUAUUUGCUUGGACUGAUCAAGCCUGCAUUAUAAGAGUAGGUAGCCACAUACAAUCAGUGUUAUCUUGAUCAGUGUACAUUAUUGCCUGCAGACGCUCACGCACCUUAGCCAUCUGGCAGUUUGUCUACUAAUUUUUUAGUUUCUGUGCAAAACUAUUAUGGCGAUAGUAUACUCUAAAAUAGCAAUUGGACUUUUAAUCGCGGGGAUUUCAACGCUUGUGUUCGGGACUGUUCUCGUGUUCGUGGGACCAAUUAUUAUCGACGAACAAAUAGUAAAGAAUACACAGAUAAACCCCCAAAAUGAGCUCUCCUAUAACAUGUGGAAGGAUAUCCCUGUACCAUUUUUCAUGAGCGUAUAUUUCUUCAAUGUUGUCAACCCUAAAGAGAUUUUGUUGGGAGAAAAGCCGCUGGUGGAGCAAAGAGGCCCAUAUGUUUACAGUGAGAAACGUUCAAAAGAUAAUAUCACCUUCCACACCAACAAGACUGUGUCAUUUUGUGAAUAUCGGCAAUAUUUCUUUGAGGAGAGUAUGUCUGCAGGCAACGAGUCUGAUGUAGUUACCAUCCCCAACAUGUUAGUGCUGGGAGCAUCGGUGAUGCUUGAGAAAUUGCCACUCCCAGCACGUCUGUUGAUAAGUUCCACCUUCACAAUGUUCAAAGAGGGCCCUUUUGUGACUAAAAGUGUAGGUGAGCUCAUGUGGGGAUAUGACAGCAAGCUGGUGGACUUCCUCACUGCAUUCUUUCCUGACAUGGUGCCCAUCAAAGGGAAGUUUGGCCUGUUUGCUGAGUUUAACAACUCCAACACUGGACUGUUCACCGUAUUUACAGGACAGGAUGACAUCAGGAAAGUUCACAAAAUUGACUCCUGGAAUGGCCUGAAGAAUGUGAACUACUGGAAUUCUGACCAGUGCAACAUGAUCAAUGGGACAGCAGGUCAGAUGUGGCCCCCCUUCCUAACCACAGAAUCCACCCUCCCAUUUUACAGCCCAGAUGCCUGCAGGUCAAUGGAGCUGGUGUAUGAGAACCCUGGGAUGGUGAAAGGAAUCCCUGUGUUCCGUUUUGUGGCCCCAAAAACCCUCUUUGCCAAUGGCUCAGAUUAUCAUCCGAACGAAGGCUUCUGUCCAUGCAGGCAGUCAGGUCUUCUUAAUGUCAGCAGCUGCAGGCACAAGUCCCCAGUGUUCAUCUCACAUCCUCAUUUCUACAAUGCUGACCCAGCCCUAUUGGCCACUGUCAAUGGACUCAGCCCUAACAAGGAAGACCACAGCCUUUUUAUCGACAUACACCCAGAAACCGGUAUACCUAUGAAUGUGUCAGUUAAGCUGCAGCUUAACUUGUUAAUAAAAGAAGUAGAAGGAAUAAUGCAAACCGGCAGAAUAGCUGAAGUGGUCAUGCCGAUGAUUUGGUUUGAAGAGAGUGGCCACAUUGACGGCCCUGUGCUGAGUGUGUUCCGUAUGAACCUGGUGACUUUGCCGAUGGUACUGGAGUGUGUGCAGUACAUCCUCGUGGGUCUUGGGCUAGUCUGCAUCCUUGGGGCCAUGGCUUUACAGCUGAGUGAAACGAUUAAUAGUGAAAGGACCCAUCAUCCCUGCACGGAUGGUAACCCCAGCACUCCGGACAAUGAGCGGGCUCCAUUACUGCAGAAUGUCAACAGCUAGAGCAGCCCUGCUCUGCCUUCUUCCUGGUCACUUCCUCCAAGCACAAUCACCAGAGAACAGUGCUGGGUUUUGUAUUUGUGCAAGUGGUUAGGCAGAAGAGCAACUUGGAUGUACUCCCGCAAGGUGAACUGUGGGUUUUGCCCACUUCCCAAGGCAGUUUCAGCCCAAGAUUGCUGUGUCAUGACAUGGCAUGACAUUUUAUGCAGGGGCUGUCGCUGUGAUUUAUACUGGACCUGAAACAUUAGCUAAAGUUAAAAAAAGGUAAUAGAUCCUGGUAUUUUGUUUGGGUUUAAAUAUGCAAAUCUAAACCUUUUGUUUUCAUGUUUCCCCUUAUUGUAUUUCUCUUUUCUGGGUAAUUGUAUUAAUACCUUUAACUGCUUGAAAGAUGUCCCACCAACAUUUUUUUUUCAGUCGCCAGUGUACUAACAGGAGAGACCUGUACAUGUUUACUAAACACAAGAUUACAGUAGUAAUUGGAAAUUGUGGUAUGUGGUAAUCAGAACUUUUAUUGGCAUGAGACUGUAUCAACUGCUAUUAACUGCCAUUAAGUCUUAUUAAUCACUGUCAGAGGUAUGAGUUCAGUCAAUAUAUCAAAAUAAUCAUUAUCAUAGAGAGCACAUUAUUUUCAGUACUUUCUUACUCUUGAAUAAAAGACUUAAUAUUAAUUUUAUAAAUUCAUCUUGUCAACUUGCCAUUGUGUAUGGAUGGGUAAUAGGUUAAAUACAAAAAUAACAUUUUAUGCUGACACAUUGUUCCAAUCUUAUUGAUUAGUAAAA